GCUGGCAGAUCGCCGGUCAGUUCACGUCCGCCACUGAGCAGACGAGGAGGUUCUACAGUUUCCGCUCAAGAUGAGGAGCCACCAAAACCAAAGCAUGGGCAUACUGGUCAUAGCCCUGAUGUUGCCUCUAUGCCUGGCCCGGCCGCAGGAGUUCUUCUUCCAGGCGGACACAUCAGCGGCAACGGGCACCGAGGCGGAACAGAGACCUCUGCCGUUGAACGAUCCCUCGGAUCUCAGUGCUGGCCUCAAUCUGUUGCCCGUUAGCAGUCUGAUUGCGGCAGCGGCGAAUGCCGUGCUCCCGGCCCCCGUGCAGUUCAUACGGACAGCCAUGAACAGUGGCCUCUGACCCCCCCGCUUCGGCUUUAAUUUAGCUAUAAAUUUAAUCACGUACACAGCCCCCUCUCGGUGGAGCGAUAAAAGCGUGCAAUCAAGAGCCUCAAAUGUUGUUUGUUUUAAAGACUGCUCUCUGGUUUCUUGCUCCGAAUACCCUUUACAGAAGAUACAUUCAUUAAGGCCAGUCGUGUGCCCUCAAAGAGUCCUCUAAACCCCUUU